GAAGAAGAAGUAGAAAGAACUAUUUUCCAGCAAAAAAGUGCGAAUUACUUGUUUUUAUGCGUUGUAAAUUGUAAUAGUAAUUGAAAUAAUAGGUUACUUUUAUCGAAAUAAGAUUCACAUCAUUUUUCAACUAUUCGCCAAACAGAAAUGCCUUUACCACCAGCAUUAGCCGCUCGAUUAGCCAAACGAGGUCUUCUCAAGCCUAACAGCAAUAACUCGGAAACUCCACCGGUAAACGAAGAAAUUAUUGCAGAAGAUUACGACAACAAACCGGAAGAAAAUAACACGAAGGAAAAUUUUUGGGAAGGAAUAGAAGGUGUUAAUGUAGAUCCCAUAAAGGGUCAUAAAGGUUGCCCAAACAAAAGCAAUAUUUACCAUGAAUGCUCCAAGUACUGUGUGAAAACGUGGAAACAAGGAAGAAUCGUUCCUAGUGACAGAUGCCUCGAACUUAAGGCAAAAGUUUUAGAAUUGUGGCCACUACCACCCGGAUGGGAGGAAGUAUAUGACGAGGGUACCGGUCACUUUUACUUUUGGAAUUUACAUAAUAAUUUGGUGUCAUGGUUACCGCCUUCACAUCCCAAAGCCGUUCCUUCCGAGAGUGCUGCCCAUUUGAGGGAGGAGAGACUGUUAAAGGAAGGAGAUGAAAGUGACGAAAGUAGUGAGGCUUCAGAUCAAGAAGUACCUCAACAGCAUCACAAAGAAAAACGGAGAGACCGCAAGGAAAAGGAAAGAGAGAAUACACAUCACAGAGACAAAAGGAAGCAAAGGGUAAAAGAUAAUGAUUUAGAUCCAAUGGAUCCAGCUUCUUACUCCGAUAUUCCUAGAGGGAAAUGGACUGCUGGCUUAGACGUCCAUGCUAAAACAGGUGUUGAUAGUACAGUGUCUGGUCCAUUGUAUAGUAUGAGGCCAUAUCCUGCUCCAGGUGCUGUUCUAGCUGCUAACACCAAGAAAACAAGCCCCCCGCCUUCUCCAUGAAAUAUUUUAGCCGCAUUAACCGAUUCCUUGCCACCUUUGUUUUUCAAACCUAUUCGCCAUAUUAAAUUGACACGAGAGUCGCAUCAUUGGCCCUCCUAAACGAUGAGUUGAUGACGCACCUACUUAUGAUUUGUAAACAUUUGGAUCGAAAAUCAAUAAAUUUCGUUUUUUAUAUCAAAUCUACUGAUUGGUGACAUAAAGAUACAAGGUGAUUAUUUUAUACAUUUUUGGCUUAGAUUGGUAGUUUUGAUUCCCGAUUAUUGAUAAGAAAAUAGAUGUCACGGUUUCUAAGAAGCUUCGGCUAAGGAGCUUCGUAUGUAUUACAGUUUCAGACUCUUCCAUACUGACUGUCCUAAAUGGGCCUCCUGGUAUAUUUUUUCCAGAAAUUAGAAAAUAAAAAUAUAUUCCAUUACAUUGGCAUCCCAGGUCUAGCCCCUGUUUCGUGAUAGGCUAUUAAGUAGGGAGCUGACCACCCCUGCACGGAGGUCUAAAGAUAGUACAAGAGAAGUGUUCUCCAUUUUAUUU